AUUGCCCAGCAUGGCAGACAGUCUGGUCAUCAACUUCUCUGAUCUACCCCAACAGCUGACUUUGUGAGGCGUCCGUAGAGCGGCGGCUCACAGUGUGAGGGGAAAGAGGGGCAUGAAAGUAGGACGGAGGAGUCUGGCCCCCUUCCCUUCGAACCAGAAGCGCAGAUUUGCGGCAGCAAGAGAGAAGACAUUCGUCCCGGGUGGAGAGAGGGGAAGGACGACGACGUUUUUUCCCCCUGAGAACUUACAAGGGCCCGCCGAGGGGAAGAGGUCUCAAGAGUUUCAGAUCGGAACAUCGAGUCUCACUUAUCUUUUGUUGCUGUUGAGAACCGACUUAGAAGUCGCACCAACUGGGAAACAUGCACAAGCGCACCAAGAUAAAGAUCGCCAUCUUCGUGCUGGUGGUGGGUAUGGCGUGCAUGUUCACGGCGGUGGUUACGGACCACUGGGCAGUGCUCAGCCCAAAGGUGCUGAGGCCCAAUGAGACCUGCGAGGCGGCACACUUCGGCCUUUGGAGGCUGUGCAAGAAGCACAUCUACAUCACCGAGCACGACUACGAGACAGGGCAUGGCUGCGGACCGAUCAGCCUGCCUGGAGACGAAAACUGCACUUACUUCAGACACUUCAAUCCAGGACAAGAUGCAGAGAUAUUUGAAUACAAAACACAAAAAGAGUACAACAUUUCCGCCGCAGCCAUCUCCAUUUUCAGCCUGGCCUUCAUGAUCCUGGGCUCUCUGUGUCUGCUCGGGUCGUGCACCGGCAAAGGCAAAGGAAGGGACUACCUUCUGAAACCCGCCGGGAUGUUCUUCGCGUUCGCAGGCAUCUGCGCUUUCAUCUCGCUGGAGGUGAUGCGUCAGUCGGUGAAGCGCAUGAUCGAGAGCGAGGACACCAUUUGGAUCGAGUACUACUACGCCUGGUCCUUCGCCUGCGCCUGCUCUGGCUUCGUCCUCCUCUUCGUGGCCGGCAUCGCGCUCCUCGUCUUCUCCAUGCCCCGGAUGCCCCAGAACCCCUGGGAGACGUGCAUGGACGCCGAGCCGGAGCAAGUCGAGUGAUGCCGGCCGGCCGACCGAACGCGGCCGUGAAUCUCUUUUUCAAUGUUUUCCAGUUUAAAAAAAUAAUUUAAAAAAGUGUGUUGGUGUUUGCGCAUCGCAGCAGUUGAAUGUGAGGAGGCUGAUGUGUUUUCCUGACCCCUGUAUGCGCGACCAGAGUGAACACAACCGGAAACAUAAUUCACAUGCUGUUUUUUUGUUGUUUUUGUGUACAGCUCAUCGUUUACCAACAUCCUGUUUGUUUGUUUGUUUUUCUCAAUUACAGCCAUGAAUCAUUGUUAAUGUGACCAUGGUCUUACUGCCAUGUAUGUUUCUUUUACACAAAAACGGCCCUAAGGAUUUUCUAGUACAAGUCUGACGUCACACUAACCAUCAUUUCAGCGCCACAUAAUGUACACCUUUACAGGAAGGUGUGUGUAUUUUUAAUGGCGUCGGCAUUAAUAAUGUCAAACAGGCAUCUGAAGGAUUAUUCAAAGAAGCUUUAAAGAUAGAGAAAAAUAAGCUGAAGCCAAGAAGUUUUCUAGCGUGUGUGUGUGUGUGUGUGAGUGUGUGUCAGACUGAAUGCUAAACACUCCCACAGCCUGCCAUGUUGGAAAAGGUUCAGUUUUAGCAGGUGCACUGUGCAUACAUACAAGGCCUUUGACUGAGCCACGACGUGGGCAAAAUCAAUAAAGUUUUAUUUCUCCUAAACAAGAUUAACCUUCUUAGCAGUUCAGAUGUACGGUAUUUAUAUUUAUAUAAUGUCUGCUGGGUUGGUUUUGUAAAAAAAACAAAAAAACAACCCCCUCCCCCCCAGCAGAUUAUAUUAAGAGCUGUAAGUGACGCCUUGGAUGUUUUGAAGUGUAGGUCAGUGAAAUUAUUAGUGAUGUUCUCCUAAGUGCAGCAGUCAAGAUUUCAUAUCCUAUUUGUGUUUAAUAGGAUAAACAAAUUGUCAGAGUGUGACAAGCCAGCAGCUUGAUACCAUUCAGAUUAAACAUUUUCCAACCAGUUUUCCAAGAAGAAAUUGUUCACAGGUAAUGUAAUGUCAAUCUGUUUAACGUCAACCCAGAUUGUUCGGUGUCGUAUCCUUUCGAGGGAAGAUUUAGUAAAAAGCCGUGGGUGGGGAAAAAAGAAAACUGGUUUAUUUCGUUUUUUUAAGAACACAAAACUUCAAGAAAUGUAACUGGAAACUUGCACAGACGAUGUGGACGGUGUGACUGAGAAAGCCUCUCCAUUUGUUUCGACUUUGCUUGACUUCACACUGGAAGUGCUUUGGGAUCACAUGGUGAACAGUGUGAAUGUGAACUUAACCUUUUAUACAGAACUCCGGUGUCAAGUCAGACCGGACUACAUCGUUCUGUCAGAGCUGCGACAACCAGAAUCUCAACCUUGCUCAGGGCAAAAAAAAUGUAGUUAUUUUCAGUAAGAUGUACUUCUGUUUGUCGCUCUCUUAAUAAUCUUUGCUUAAGACAUGAACGUGUUUGGAUGAUGUUAGUUCUCUAAAUUGUUGCUGCUGCUGCUGCGUUAUGAAAUAAAACGGUUACAUUUUGGGGUAAAUGUUGCCAUAAUGUGAUACGUUUCCUUUUCUCUAUAUAGCAUGCAGUUGAAUAAGCUUUGGAAUGGCGUUGAUUCUGUAUUUCUUACUCGUUACAAAUUUCUAAGGAAAUAAAGAAAAUAAAAAUUGACAAAUUUUGUA